AUGCUUGCCACUGCAGAGGUAAAGAAAGUGAUUAUCUUCCUGAACUUCACAGUAACACAUUAUUUCUCGUCGUUCGUAGAUGGUGAAUUUCAAACAUGCAAAGAACCGUGCCGCUGUCCCGAGUCGCGCAGAGCGGCCCUGGGCUUGGACUCGAGGCCCCGCCGCCCAGGCCGCGCACCUGCACCUCCUACUGCGGCCGCGGCGCCUGCGGCAGAGAGCUUCCCGCCCCCUGCGCGACCCGCAGCGGCCCCGCCCCGCGGGCUUCCGUCUGCCGCGCCUCGGGGCAGCGCAGCCCCUGCACGCAGGCUUCCAGAGGAGCGAGGGCUGACUCUGUGCCAUGGUGGGGAUGAAGGGCUGUGCGCACGCGGCGCGCGCGGGACCUCGCCCGGGCGCCCGCCUGGCCCAAGUCCGCGCAGCCGCACGUGCGGGCGAGCUCCGCCCCGCUCCGCCCCGCUCCGCCCCGCUCCGCCCCGCUCCGCCCCGCUCCGCCCCGCUCCGCCCCGCUCCGCCCCGCUCCGCCCCGCUCCGCCCCGCUCCGCCCCGCUCCGCCCCGCUCCGCCCCCGCAACCUCAGGCCCCGCCCCCGAAGCCCAGGCCCCGCCCCUCGCCCUGGUUAGGCGGGCGGUGGCAGGAGAAGCCGCGGGUUCCAGAGGUUCCAGAGGUUCCAGUUCCGCGGUCUUCAUCGCCAGGGCUGCCGCGUCCACUGUGUUUCACGCCCCGCCCUGCGGGGCCCGAGCCGCACUCGGAACUGCGCCGUGUCCCGGGCCGGCACCGGGGGCCACAGAGCACCUCGCCCAGCCGGAAAGGGCGCCCCACAAGGGGACCCAGCCGCGGAGCCCCAGCGGAGGACGCAGCCAGCGCCCUGCGGGGCCGUCAGAGAAACCCCGAGAGGCCGGGGAGAGUGCGCGCGGAAGAGCGGCGCCCGGCUGCGCUGGGAGCGAGCCGCCGGCCCGACUGUAACCGGGAACCUCCGUGUGCGCCGCGCGGAGGAGAGCCCGGAAUAACUCGCUGGGAUUUUCUGUGGCGAACACAAUGCCUUCAGUUUGGGUUCUAA